CAUGUCUGCUUCUCCUCGCCUCCCCUGGGAGGUCAUCGAAAGGACCAUCAGCCACUCUGGCGAUGACCGGACGACUCUCCAAAGCUUCUCCCUUACUUGCAAACAACUCCGCCCUCGCAGCCUCUGUCUCAUGUUCGAUGAGGUGCCGUUCAUAUCUCAGAGACAACGGACAUUCUGGCCUUCCGUGACUUUCUCAUUGCAUUCCCGCACCUCCGUCCCCUCGUGCGGGCGAUCAGAACGAACUGUCAUGCUCAUCUUGCAGUCCACUUGCUCCGGGUCCUCCCAUCUGACCCGGAUAUUUACGGACGGACGUUCGCACGCACUCUCGGACUGGAACUCGGACUCGGACUCACAUAGCCAUGCCAGUGGCGGGCCCGGAGAUGCGCUUAGGAGCACGAUGGCAUUUGUCGCGAUCCUGGGCAACUGGUGGUUCCCUCACUUGCCUCUGGAUCCUAUUGGAGGGCUGGGGGCUGCUCAAGACAGUGUUCUGCCAAAUCACCAACGCGGGCGUUUCGCCCAGGACGAGAGCUGCUCUGUUCGACGCAUCUCCUUUCCUCCCCUCCCCUCUUGCUGUUGCGCUCUCGGAUGGGCUAUUGUGGCACGCUAGGCAGACACACUUAGGCAUCAGCGACUUCCGGGCGAUGCGCACGGUCGUCGAGCAGCGAAUAAGCGAGACUCUCGUUAAGACUAGGAAGGACGUGAAGAAGGUGAGGGUGCGGUUCCGGGCGGUUGGUUCGGGGGCUUGA